CACCACCAAGAAGAAGAGUCAAUCGUGUUGUGCAUUUGGGAGAGUUUUUUUUGUUGUUGUUUAUCUACUGUAGGAGAAACGGGAGGUUCCGCUGAUAUAUCUGAACAAACAAAAUAAGCUGCAAGAGAUGAAACUGGAUGAAAUCUGCAUUACAUGCUACUGAAGAUGGAGAUUGUUAAAGAGGAGUUUAAAGAGGAGAGUGAAGACAUCAGUAUUUCAGAAUCAUUCAGACUGAAGAAUGAAGAUACUGAGGAACAAAGAGACCUGAUGGAAGUGAAAAAGGACAUUCAGGAACUGGAUGAAGUGGAGGAGACGCAUAAGAAAUCUGAUAAUUUCAUAACUGGUGAAGAAUCUUUUAGUUGCUCCCAGACUGAAAAGACAUUCUCACAAAAAAGAACUCGAGGAACAAAAACAAAAAAUUACUUCUGUCAUCAGUGUGGUAAGAUUUUCACAAAUAAAGGAAACCUUAAUAGUCACAUGAGAAUUCACAUUGGAGAGAAGCCUUUCACAUGCCAUCAGUGUGGAAAGAGUUUCAGACAUAAAGGAAACCUUAUUUUCCACGUAAGAAGUCACUCAGGAGAGAGGCCUUUUACAUGCAUUCAAUGUGGCAAAAGUUUUACACACAAAAGAAGUCUGAAAGAGCAUGUGAGAAUUCACACAGGAGAGAAGCCUUUCACAUGCCCUCAGUGUGGAAAGUGUUUCAGAUAUAAAGGAAACCUUGAUUUACACAUAAGAAUUCACUCUGGAGAGAAGCCUUUUUUGUGCAGCCAGUGUGGCAAGACUUUCACACAUAAAAGAAGUCUGAAAGUACACAUGAGAAUUCACACCGGAGAGACCCCAUACACAUGCCUUAAGUGUGGAAAGAGUUUCACACAAACAGGAAGCCUUAAAAUCCACACAAGAAUUCAUACUGGAGAAAAGCCAUUCACAUGCCUUCAGUGUGGAAGGAAUUUCACAUAUACUCAUGCCCUUAAGGAUCACAUGAAAAUUCACACAGGAGAGACCCCAUACAUGUGCCUUCAGUGUGGAAAGAGAUUCAAACAUAAAAAAAGCCUAAAAUUUCACAUGAGAAUUCACAGCGGAGAGAAACCUUACACAUGUCCUCAGUGUGGGAAACAUUUUUUAGUAAAAGAAAAUCUUAAAAGGCACAUGAAAAUUCACACUGGAGAGAAGCCUUUCCCAUGCCUUCAGUGCGGCAAAAGUUUUGCAAAUAAAACAAACCUAAGAGUUCAUAUGAAAUGUCAUUCAGGAGAGAAAUUACACAAAUGUUCUCAGUGUGGCAAGAGUUUUUCACAGCUGGCCCAUCUGAAAAAACACCAGUUAAUACAUACUGGUGUGAAAUCUCAUGUGUGCUCCGAGUGCGGAAAAGCCUUCGUCCGAAUCAGUUGCUUGAAACAGCAUCAAAGAGUUCAUGUGGGAGAAAAACCUUACAAGUGUUCACACUGUGAAAAGAGUUUUGCUCAUCCAAGACUCCUUAUAACACAUGAGAAAGUGCAUACUGGAGAGAAGACAUAUGACUGCACUCAAUGUAGGAGGAGUUUCAGCUCUUCAAGUAGUCUACGGCGACAUUUAAGGAAGAAUUGCCCAAAGUUGUCAUAGUGAGCAAACUUUAUCUUUAGAAUUUGUCAUAUGAAAUUUGUUUAAAGUGUAAAGAUGGACUUGGAAGAGACUACAAGAAUAAGAGUUUGACUAUCAACUACUCUUAUAGGAUGGAUGAAAUAAGUAUAACUGGUUAUUUUUGUCAUACCGAUAUGCCUAUUGGCAUUAGACGUACAGUAGGAAUGGGAGAAAUUGUAUGUUUAAUAUGGCGACUGGUUGGAAUGGAAGAUACACCUUAUAGUUAAAGCUGAAGUAUGUAAAGUCUUAUUUUAUAUAAUAUGCAGAUAACUAUAAGUAAGCCAGUUGUAAGUACAUUUUCUUGAAAACUGUAAACAUUGUUUCUGUGGCUGAAUAAAAAUUCCUCUGUUUUGAGUGGUUUGUCCAUACAGACAGAAUACCAUUGACUCGACCAAUGGCAUGAGUUAGGGGUUGGGCUAUCUCUUUGUCUGAUCAACGGCAUCAGGGGGGCAUAUUCAGAAAGUUGUAUUGAAAACGGUUUAUUUUUGCAAUUCCUUUUGGUGGUGCAGAAAUUACAUACUUCAGCUUUUAAAGAGCCAUUCAUUUGAUAGAAACCUCGCCUGUCUGGACCAGCCUGAAAUAUAUUUGAAAUAUUUUUGUUUGUCAUGUUUUGGAGCUAAAGAAGCACAAUUUAUGAUAGCAUUGUUGUCCGUUUUACUUUUGAUUUGAAAUGCUUUUGACCUUUCAAGUAGAUUGGAGCUGGACUUAUAAAUAGCUGCCUGGAGGUGUUAUGCCUGUUUCACAUCGCAAGCUGGAUCGAGAUAUGAGCAUAGUGUCAGCUUAACUACAGCAUAACUGCAGCUGCAUAGCGUCACAGCAGCGGCUUUAUACAGAAAAAUACUGUGAUUUCUAUGUUACUACAGUGAGUAUUUAUUUAAUAAAGACCAUAACUUAUAAAAUAGUUAUCAGGAGUGGUACUUAUCAGCAUUUAUAUGUAUCACAAACUUGAUCAUCAUGAAAUAUUGUUUACAUGAGGUGGACCACAUUUGCAUCUAAAAGGUAAACAAUAGAGCACUUUGUGCUUCACAAUCAGUCUCGUAACAUCCAUUGUUAAACACGAAUGAGGUAAGUUCUGAAUUUACCAACGUCACGGUCUGUCACGUUCAUGUGUUUACAAAUGAAAGCAGACUUGGGUGUUGCUGAAGCUAAUAGGCCUGUUCUGUUUAAUAGUACAUAAGACUUUUUUUUCUUUUUUUUUGGUCCCAUAUUUUCUGGCUCAUAAGUUGUAGUUUACUGUACUGUGUUGUGUUCGUUUUUGAGGAGACUAGAUAAAAAUAGUAUUUAUUAACAAGAAAGUAUAAUUACAAAAACAUUUUGCCCAGCUUGGGAUCUACUCUGCUUCACCCGUAAACUCAGCUCAAAAGACCCCGUUUCUCCAGUGUUCCCUUCUUUUCUACAUUUCUGACCCAGGGUGUAUUCCUUUGUUCUAAGUUUUUUACUCUUUUGAUUGGCUUAUUUUUGCCACAUGGGCAUCUCCAAUAUUCUAAGAGAUAAGUUUCAGUCAUUCCGUUGGUUCGUUUUUGCCACCAUGGGAUUACUGGUUUUGCCUCCUAUUGGUUCAUUCUUAUCAGUUCCUUGCUUGAGGAAUUUCCAAUGUAGAAACUGUUUCUAGGUUCCCCUCAUCUCCUGUGUCAGAAAUGCAGCUGCAGUUUAUCCCACCUUCACAUUCACUUAUCCUUUAUCGUUUUUGGUUUUAACAUAUAUUUUCUAGUUAGUUACACACAUCAUUCAUCAUUUGUUAGCAGGCAUACAUUGUUUAAGAUUUGUUACGCACAUAUAUACUGAUUAAGAUUAUAACACACAACAAUUGCUGAUUCUUACAAUGUGAAUGCUCUAAUCUGUUAUGGAUGCCGAGAAACAAAAUUCUCUGCUCACGUGCCAAUCACAAUUGUGAUGUGAAAAUGGGUUUUACAAACAUGGUGGACAGAGUGGGCUGAAUUGCCUUGUGUUUAGUAUAUUUUGAUGAUUGUACUUUAUGAAAUUACUAGAAAUAAAAACAAUAAAUCUUGGGACAGUGGGGUAAGAUGUUAGUGUUAGUUGAUGCAUGUUGGUCAAUUGUCUAUGUAUUUCGGUUAUUAUGUAUGUACACGGUAUAUUAAAGUGCUGAGCGAGCAGCAUUUCAAUGGGAACACUCAUUUGCGGUGCUCGUUAGCAGAUAUGUGGCACCUGUAUCUUAUCUCUCCCCUGUAUAUUCUCCCUAAUUUGUGCUGUUUUUUUGCUAGACUAUUUUGUGAGUUUGCUCGUGUCUUGCUCUACUGUCGGUAAGGACGCAACAGGAGACUUAAUUUUCAAUGAGAGCUGGCGACUUCCGAAGAAAUGAGUGACAGCAUCCAUUCACAACAUGAUGUGAGUGUGUCAAGAGACAUGACAAAGUUGAGAAAUUUUUAACUUGAUCUUUGUUGAGCUCUAGGGCAGCUGUUUAUCUGUUUAAACAAGCGGCAUACAAGAGCAGCUCCUUUCUACUUGGAGUGGGGAAGGACCAAAAUCUCCAAAAUGGUUGGUCAAGAUUAUGAUCAAAGAACAUAUUUCAAAUCAGCAAUAAAAUCUGACAACACUGGAAUCAUAAAUUGUGUCUUCAGAUUACGGCCAAAAAUGGUUCCUGCUUGUUUAACAUACGCAUGCCCGUUCUCGAGUUGAUUGACAGGCGAUCUAUCUAAAAGGUGAAUGGCUUUUUACCUGUAAGGCGGGACAUCCGUUGACCAUAGGGUAUUCCAAUUUCUCCCAUUCAUUUUAAUAGAAGUGGCCUAUGUCUGCUAAAUAAUGCAGAGCUAUAUCAUGCUGCGACUACUAAUGAGAGAAGACAGUGGACCUCACGUCAUCUGUCUCCUGUGAGAUGGAGCCGAGUGCAUUUGUUGUUGUCACCAGUUUCAAUGUUCUAUAAUUUGCCUGUAACCAC